UUUUAAAGUCGUAAAUCACAACGAUAAUUGAUGGAAUCGAGCUAACAUGCUAACUGAGUGCUACAACCUGCUUUUACGCUACUUAAGAGGCAGAAAGACAGCCGCUAACUCUAAAUGUUUUCAUCAUAACUAAAACAGCUGGGGGCCAGGCAACGCGAAGAUGGACGACCACUUCUGUUAUCUGACUCACCUGGCGGUUAGGGGGCGCGGCUUCCAUCUCCGACGAGCUCUCGUUCUCACUCGCUUCCUCACCCCACUUCUCACGAGAACUCCACCGGGAGUGCCACACAUUCCCAAAUCCAGAGCCAUGAUCACAGCGGCCGAGUACGGGGAGACGUCGUGGGAGCUGCAGGUGCACGUGGACCAAAAAGACGGCGAUGAGUCCAUGCGCUUCAAACUGCGCGUGAAAGGCGACCUGCACAUCGGAGGCCUCAUGCUGAAGCUGGUGGAGAAAAUCAAGGCUCCCCAGGACUGGUCUGAUCACGCACUGUGGUGGGAGCAGAGGAAAUGCUGGCUGCUCAAGACCCACUGGACCUUGGACAAGUAUGGAAUUCAGGCUGAUGCAGACCUGCGCUACACCCCCCAACACAAACCCAUGCUGUUGCAGCUCCCCAACAUGAAAACCAUCAAAAUGACCGUCAGCUUCUCCUGCAUGGUCUUCAAGGCAGUGGCGGAGAUCUGUCAAAUCCUCAACAUCAGGCGGCCUGAGGAACUGUCCCUGCUCCAGCCUCCUGACGAUCACUCCAAAAAGAAGAAAAACAGGGGCAAGAAUUCUCCGUUGGAGGACAUCUGGGACAUUGAUUUAGUCAGCGGCGGGGGCUCAGCAACAACGUACAAGACCAUGACGGCCACUUACGACCCCGAGAACGGGAUGCCGGUGUCCGCCACUAGCCUAUGGUUCGGGGAGAACCCCCUCGCCGACUCCCAGCCCAACCUGCCUCCUGCCGAGCUGGCCAAGAUCUACCAGCCUCUGUCCCUGGAGGACAAAGCCAUCAGAAAUGCCGGUUGGCUGGACUCUUCGCGCUCGCUCAUGGAGCAGGACAUUCAAGACAAUGACAAGCUGUUACUACGCUUUAAGUACAACGUCUUCUUUGACCUUAACCCCAAAUAUGACGCCGUGAGGAUAACGCAGCUGUACGAGCAGGCUCGCUGGGCCAUCCUGCUGGAGGAGAUCGACUGCACCGAGGAGGAGAUGCUCAUGUUUGCUUCACUUCAGUAUCACAUCUGUAAACUGACCAUGUCCAGUGAGCCCCUGGACCAUUCCAAAGAGCAAGAAAUCGAUGAAGUAGAAGCCGCCCUUUCAAACCUGGAGGUGACACUUGAAGGCGGCGUCUCGGACAGAAUUCUGGAAGAUAUUACAGACAUUCCCGAACUGGCAGAUUCCCUCCGACUCUUCCGACCAAAAAGACUGACGCUUCGGCCUUACAAAGAGUAUUGGUUUGUAUUCAAGGACACCACCAUCUCCUAUUACAAGAACAAAGAGGCCGCUGUGGGAGAACCCAUAGAGCAGUUUCACCUACGAGGCUGUGAAAUCGUCCCUGACGUUAACGUCACGGACAAGAAGUUCGGCAUCAAGCUCCUCCUGCCAGUGGCGGAUGGGAUGAACGAGGUGUACAUCCGUUGCGACAACGAGACCCAGUACGCCAAGUGGAAGGCGGCAUGCAUCCUGGCCUCCAAGGGCAAGACCAUGGCGUACAGCUCGUACAAGUCCGAAGUGCGCAGCAUCCAGUCCUUCUUACAGAUGAAGAGCCUGGCGCCGCCUCCCGGUCAGGCGGCGCCCGACCUGGACGCCAUGGACAUGAACGCCGAGUGUUUCGUGUCCCCGCGCUACGCCAAGAAGCACAAGACCAAGCAGCUCACAGCACGUAUCCUGGAGGCCCACCAGAACAUAGCGCGUCUGUCCCUCAUGGAUGCCAAGAUGCGGUUUAUCCAGGCCUGGCAGUCUCUUCCGGAGUUUGGCAUCAACUACUACAUUGUCAGGUUCAGGGGGAGCAAGAAAGACGAGAUCCUCGGCAUCUCGUACAACCGCCUGAUCCGUCUGGACAUGUCCACCUGCCUGCCCGUCACCACGUGGAGGUUCGCCAACAUGAAGCAGUGGAACGUCAACUGGGAGAUAAGACAAGUGACCAUCGAGUUUGACCAGAACGUGACCAUCGCUUUCUGCUGCCUGAGCUGUGACUGCAAGGUGGUGCACGAGUUCAUCGGCGGCUACAUUUUCCUCUCGACGCGGUCCAAAGAUCAGAACGAGACCCUAGAUGAAGAACUGUUCCACAAACUGACGGGAGGCCAAGAAUGACAGAAUUCAUUUUCAUUUAGUCAUGAUGCAGUUAUACUCUUUAUUGAGGGAAAAAAAAAUCCCACUGGUUUACAGUCAAAGAACUCAACAUGGCAACGAUGUCAUGAAUUGUGUGCUCAUUAUUUAUCAUUUUGUAAACUUUUUCAGCAUUUUGAUCUGCAUUGAGGCCAAGCCCUGGUGUUGUUUUUGUAAAUAAUUUUGCCCUCAAACUUGG